AUGUCACAUAAAAUUUCAAAUUCGAGAAAAAAGUUGUCUGGUUAUGAGUACAGAAAAAGAAAGUCCGUUAAAGAUCAAAAAUUUGAAAAAUUUAAAAAAUUCAUGAGCAUUGGAAAAUAUGUUGCUUUUAAAAAACCUGACGAAGGUCGUGAAGAUUUUAACCCUGAUGCUUCAACUAUCUCUACGACUAUGUCCAAUAAAAUUGGAGAACCUUUAACAAUACUCAAAAAUAGUUGUAUAACUUCAUUGCAAAUUGAAGUAGAUAAUGAACCAGUUAUUUUAAAAGAAUCGAAUGAUUUAUCGGAAGAUUUUUUACAAGAAACACCUAAUUUAUUGGAUUGUGGAAAUUGGCCAAUUGUUCGAUCUAGCAACUUUGUGGACCAUUUAAUCAAACUUGGUCCUUUUCAAAUUACAAAGGAAAAAUACCCUGAAGAUAGAAAUGGUCGGCAUUUUUCUAGCAUUUAUUACAAUAGAAAGCUCGCGAAUGGAGAAACCUUUUGUCGUAGAUGGUUGGUUUAUUCAGAUUCUAAAAACUCCGUAUUUUGUUUUUGCUGUCUACUUUUUGAUAAUAAUUCAAAGUCAAACUUAGUCUCUGAUGGUUUCAAGAAAUGGAGACAUUUAACUGAAAUAUUGGGAAUUCAUGAAAACAGCGUCUCUCAUAUGAAAUGUUAUCAACAGUGGGUAGAAACUGAAAUAAGAUUAAAAACUGGAAAAACUACAGAUAAUGAUGAAAUUAAAAUUAUAGAAAAAGACAGUUUGCGAUGGCAAAAUGUUCUUCUUCGGCUGAUGAAUAUCACUCUUUACCUAGCUGAAAAUAAUAUGGCUUUUCGAGGUAGUUCGGAUAAACUGUUUACGCCUCAAAACGGCAAAUUCUUAGGACUAAUACAGAUGCUUGCAAAAUUUGAUCCUGUGAUGCAAAAGCAUUUAGCACUUGCAAUAAAAGGUGACACUUCAGACCAUUAUUGCGGGAAAAAUAUUCAAAAUGAGUUAAUAGAUUUAAUGUCUCAAAAGGUUAAUGAUGAAAUAAUAAACCGAGUCUUGAAAGCCGUUUACUAUUCAAUCAUUGCUGAUUGUACACCUGAUAUUUCUAGAAAAGAACAACUUUCUCUUACUAUUCGAAUUGUUGGCUUGUCAUUAGACAUUAGAGUGGAAAUUAAAGAGUACUUUUUAGGAUUCUUUUCUGUUUCUGAUUCUACAGGCUUAGGACUUACUGAGGUUUUAAUCGAGUUGCUAACUAAGCAUGGACUUAAAAUCUCUAACUGCAGAGUUCAAGGGUAUGAUAAUGGAUCAAAUAUGAAAGGAAAGAUUAAUGGUGUACAAAAAAUGAUUUUAAAUCUUAAUCCUUUAGCAUUAUAUGUUCCUUGCGGCAACCAUAGCUUAAAUUUGGUAAUAAGUGACUCUGCACGGUCUUCAGUAAAAUCUAUAGCUUUUUUCGGUAUUCUUCAGAGAUUGUUUACUCUAUUCUCAGCUUCAGUGAGCCGAUGGAAAAUUUUAAUUGAUCAUGUUAAAAAAUUGCAUUUAAAGAAACUCUGUGACACGCGGUGGAAAGCAAAAAUAAGUAGUGUUAAAGCCGUUCGUUAUCAAGUUGGUGAUGUACAUGACGCUUUGAUAGCAUUGUCAGAAAUUGAAGGAUAUAAUCCUGAAACUGCACAUGAAGCGAUAACUCUAGGAGAGCAAUUAAAAGAUUUUAGCUUUCUUGUCUCUUUAAAUGUCUGGUAUGACGUUCUUUUUCAAGUCAAUAUUGUUAGUAAAACUCUUCAAGAAAAUGACAUGGACAUCACUCAAUGUGCAAAGUUAUUGAAAAGCUGUUGUUCAUUUUUAGAAAACUAUAGAAAAUAUGGUUUUAAAGAUGCAAUUAUAAAAGCAAAGGAUUUGGCUAUAGAAUUACAAGUGGAGCCUGUUUUUAAACCACUUAAAAGAAUAAUACGAGUGAAACGCCAUUUUGACGAACCAGCCCAAGAUGGGAUUUAUUUAUUUUCUUCUGAAAAAAAAUUAGAAAUCGAUUUCUUCAAUCCUCUUUUAGACACCUUUAAUUUCAAUGAGAGAAAGAUUUAUAUAGUUGGAGAAUUAUUCCGAAGUUUGGGGUUUUUUGUAUAA